CAGAAGACCAGUGCCGGGCCGUUAAAAUGGAGACAUGGAGGUUUGUGGCUAAGUGCUGGACUAAGGAAAGCGCCUGGGUCAGUGGCUAGACAGGGUUCCCAUACGGGCUGUAGGCAUUCAUAAACGAUGCCAGCCCAAACUUGAUCGUGACCAGAAUUCGGGUGCUCUCUCUACAUAUCUCUGUCUGUCUCACACUCUCUAUAACUCUCUGCCUCUUACUCCUGCCUGUUGUACACAGCCGUCGCCGAUUUGCUUAAAACCACCCACGUCCAAAGCAGAACUCUACAUAAUAGAAUCGACGUAAUGAGCCAGGCGGUCCCCGCGGAGCCUAUCGCCGUAGUCAGUAGCAGUUGUCGCAUAACGACUCCCCAUCGGUUGUGGGAUAUACUGUCAAAUCCACCAGACUUAUCAAAAGAAGUUCCACAAAAUCGAUUCAUGGCAAAGGCUUUCUAUCAUCCCGACGGCACUCACCAUGGAACAACAAACUCGAUCCGGGGGUACUGGCUGGAACAAGAUCACCGUGCGUUCGACGCGGGCUUCUUCCAUAUCAAUGGCAAAGAGGCCGACGCGAUGGACCCCCAGCAACGCAUGGUGCUCGAGGUUGUCUAUGAAGCCAUGGAAUCCGCCGGGUACCAAUGCCAACGAUACGCGGGCAAGGACGUUGCAGUGUUUGCGGGCGUCAUGACAGCCGACUACGAGAUUCUCUCGCGACGAGACGAGCUGCAAACAGACCAGUACCAUGCCACGGGAAAUGCGCGGUCAAUGAUUGCCAACCGCGUGUCGUACUUUUUCGACUUCCGAGGCCCCUCUGUCACCGUCGACACCGCAUGCAGCUCUAGCCUUGUCGCUGUCCACCAAGCUGUGCAGAGCCUGAGAAGCGCAGAGAGCAUCAUGGCUUGCGUGACUGGGGUCAAUCUGAUGCUGACACCAGACCACUUCAUUGUUGAGUCGGACAUGCACAUGCUUAGGCGCUGCCGUAUGUGGGAUGUCCGCGCAGAUGGUUAUGCGAGGGGUGAAGGCGUGGCGGCCGUCCUUCUCAAGACACAGUCACAAGCAAUGAAAGAUGGGGACACGAUCCACGCCAUCAUAAGGGAGACUGGGGUCAACUCGGAUGGCCGAACCGAAGGAAUCACGAUGCCAAACAUGGCGGCACAAUCACGGCUGAUUCAACAGACGUAUCGAAGAGCCGGGCUUGACGCGUGCAAGCCAGAGGAUCGAUGCCAGUACUUUGAGGCGCAUGGGACCGGAACCGCAGCUGGCGACCCCCGAGAGGCGGCCGCAAUCAAGCAAGCAUUCUUUGGCGAGGCUCCUGAGCUGGUCGGCCGCAAGCUGCUGGUCGGGUCGAUCAAGACGGUCGUGGGACACACCGAGGGCGCAGCCGGUCUCGCGGGGCUUCUCAAGGUGGUUGAGGCCCUCAAACACGGCGCAAUACCGCCGAAUCUGCACAUGGAGCGGCCCAGCCCGAGUGUCGAACCGUGCUUGAGCCAUCUCGAGGUGCCCACGAGGUUGAGCCCCUGGCCGCGGGCAGCUGCCGGUCAGCCAAGGCGGGCGAGCGUCAACUCGUUUGGGUUUGGAGGGACCAAUGCCCACGCGAUUGUCGAGUCGUAUGGCAAUGCUGCUGCUGGUGCGAGGGAUGACGAGGCUGUUGUUGUUGAGGCAGGAGCCGGGGUCGCUGCGGGGGUGGUGCCGCUGUGCAUCUCUGCCGCCUCGCCCCAGAGCCUGGUGCGUGUGGCUCACGCGUACCGCACGUUGCUGCAGGACGAUCCUGGCGCCUCUGUCCAGCUUCUUGCCUGCUGCCUCGCCUCUCGCCGCGAUGCGCUGCCGUACCGCCUUGCGCUUUCUGUCGCCUCGCGGGAGCAGGCUCUUGACGCCCUCGGCCGCCUCUUGAACCACCCAGACACCAUCACCGCCAAGAGCACCCACGCCGCCACCAUGGACCACCCCCCAAAGUUGUUGGCCAUCUUUACCGGCCAGGGUGCCCAGUGGCCCGCCAUGGGCCGCUCCCUGCUGCGCUCCAAUUCCGUCUUCCGCCAGACGGUUCUCAAGCUCGACGCUGUGCUCGCAGCCUGCUAUGAUCCGCCCUCAUGGACCUUGGUUGACCAGAUCCAGGCCGACGACGCAAUCUCUCGGGUCCACGAGGCUGCCGUGGCCCAGCCACUAUGCACCGCGAUCCAGAUCGCUCUGGUCGAUCUCCUGCAGAGUCUCCGCAUCGCCCUGCACACCGUCAUCGGUCACUCCUCCGGCGAGAUCGCUGCCGCCUACGCUGCAGGAAGACUGACCAUGCAGGAUGCCAUGCUUAUCUCGUACUAUCGCGGCCUGGUUAUAUCUCAAGCUCAGCGUCGCGUGGCUGGCCCCCCGGGUGGUAUGCUUGCGGUUGGCCUUUCCGAAGGGGCAGCGCUUGGUUUCUGUCGAGAUGACAAGUAUGCUGGUAGGCUUUUUGUGGCUGCCGGUAACGGGCCCACUAUGGCCACAAUCUCUGGCGAUCUCGACAUGGUCAAACAGGCAAAGGCGGAUCUUGACAGCAAGCACAUCGCGGCCAAGAUACUCCGCGUAGAUGCAGCGUACCACUCGCCCUAUCUGGCGACGGCUGCUGCUGACUACAUGAAAGCUCUUGAGCGUUGUCGAAUAGCCCCUAUAGCCGAGGGCAACGAUGUGGUUUGGAUCUCGAGUGUCUACGGCUUCAAACGGACCUCUGAAGGGGACCUUGGGGCUGGGUAUUGGAAGGACAACAUGCUCUACACGGUACAGUUUCACGAUGCCGUAGAACAUGCGCUGUCAGAGUUUGGCCCUUACGAUGUCGCCGUCGAGAUCGGCCCGCAUGCUGCUCUCAGGUUGCCUGUCUCCCAGACAGCAGCCGCAUCCGGACAGGAACUGCCAUACACGGGCAUUCUCGACCGCACGAAGGAUGAUAGUGUUGCCGUUGCAGACUUUUUGGGUUUCAUGUGGUCCACCUUGGGCUCGCUAGAAGUACAUAAUCCUCCAUAUCUCGAGCAGACUUCCAACAAUAACACAAUUUCCACCUAUCUCGAGCGGUUGCCUCGUUACCCGUGGAACCACAGCCAAACAUACCAAAAGGUGACACGCCUAUCGCGUCAGUACCUCGGCCGGAGCGAUGCUCCACAUGAGCUUCUUGGAGUCCGGUGUGAGGAUGAUGGCCACGUCUUGCGCUGGCGCAAUGUUUUGAAGCCGGAUAGAGUUCCGUGGCUGCGGCACCACAGGUUCCAAGGGCAGUGCCUCCUCCCGGCUUCUGCUUAUUGUCUUAUGGCUCUACAUGCCGCUCAAGCUCUACCUCAACAGACCGAGCUGGCCGUCGUUGAGCUGAGUAAUAUUGAGAUUGUUAGUGGCGUUGUGAUUGACGAGGCACCUCAUGGAACAGAAAUAGUGUUCACCAUUACGACACGCAGACCGCGGGAGCCUUCUCAGUCUGGCAUCAAGGCGUCCUUUUGUCUCGUCUCAUGUCCGGGUGACGGUUCAACAGACUUGGUAUUGAACAUGACUGGCGAACUUGAGCUUAUCUCUUGCGAGGAACAGCCUGAAUUGCUACCGUCAAAAUACGAGGACCGAUCGCACCUGCUGGAGACGAAGCCCGAAACGUUUUAUCAGAUGAUGGAAAGCAUUGGUUUGACUUACACGGGCCCUUUUAGAGGAAUCCGCGACAUCAAUAGGCGCCUUGGCUACUGCGACGCUCGUGUAGCAUACCAGCACCAAGAUUCCCCUGCAGGUUGCGCAAUCACUCCUGCGUUGUUGGAUUCCUGCUUUCAGACGGCAUUCCUGACCUAUGCAUCUCCCGGAGACAGAUCCCUCUGGGGGCCUCUACUGCCCUGUCGCAUUGACCGGCUGCUGUUUGCCAUGAAAGGCCUCGGGGCAGUAGACCAUGACAGACAGAGCAAGUUCCUUCACGUAGAUGCUUACCUUACGCGCACGAGAGCGGCCACACGAUCUCGGCCCACGACCUUCGCUGCCGACAUGGGUGUCUGCAAUCACCGAGGACAGAAGAUUGUUCAGGUUGAGGGGCUGACUGUUCGCGCGAUUGCCAAUGCUUCAUCCGAGAACAACACAACCUCGUAUUUUCACACGGUCCUCGACGUGGAUCCAUGUUAUGAAGCCAUCCGAAUGGGUAGCCAUAGCUCAGAUAUGCCAGUAUAUGACGGGCUAUUGAACUCUAGAUCAACGGGAGUGAGCAUCAAUCGAUCAAAAUCGAACGUCAAAGAAAUCAACCACGAUGGCUCAUAUUAUGUGGAUGAGAACCAACCAAUGGCCCAAGAUAUUGCCCAGUUCCACGAUCAUGUAGGCAGGCUGCUCCAGCAGAUCACGCACCGCUACCCCUGGACAAAUUGUCUCUGCCUGCCUGAUUCUUCUGUGGACCUACCACUACGCCUCUUACACAAUACCAAUAUAGCUCUCGACUCUCUCACCAUUGGCACGAUGACUGACACCAUACAAGACGCAUUUACCAAGAAUCGCGUCCACGGCACGACGAUAAUUCGUCUAGAUAGAGCAAGAAGCCUCUAUGCGCAACUUGAGCGGAGAACAAGGUACGAAAUUGUCGUACUUUCAGUCUCGCAUCUGGAAAGGAGAGACUGGCCGAAUUUGCUUGGAGCGGUUCGAGAGCUCAUGCGGCCUGGUGGCUUCCUAAUACUCUUCCACGAACAUCCUGGCCGAAGAAAGAGGCCGCACGCACUUAUAAGUUCGGGCCAUGUCACGCCCCCUGACUGGCCAGAUGAACUCCUCAGCUACGGCUUCCGGUCUCUGGCCACACACUCGGAUCAACGGUAUCCACAUGACAGGUUUGUAAUGGUUAGACAGCUGGCCCCAAUCAAGCCUCUGUUGACGGAGGCCCAGGGAUACCAGUCUGCCUUGACCAAAAUCGAUCACGUCGUCAUUAUCGCAGGGACGAAUGGUAUGCUUCAGGAUGGCCUGCACAAGCUGUCUAUACUGCUCUUGCGACGGUGUCUCCGGAUCACUGUUUUGGGCUCCAUUCAAGCAGGUGAUCUCUGUGUACUGGAAACAUGUACCGCGGUCAUCAUAAUUUCAGACGACGAGGAGCCACUGGAGACCAUGACGGCAAGACACAACCUGAAGCGCUUUCAAGCUCUAUUCCGGCCCAACAUGGUAGUUCUUUGGGUCGUCCAGAACAGCCGCUCUGGCGCACCUGGUCAUGCGGCCGUCCUCGGUUUUACUCGCACAAUCGCUGCCGAGGUCGCCAGCCUCAGGAUUCAAACGUUGGACUUAUGUGCCGUCUCGUCACCUGAGACGCAUAUUGCAAAUGCGUUCUUGCAGCUGACCUUGUCUACUAAGGAGUUGGGCGGCGAGGAUGCCCUUUGGACUCACGAGGCGGAAGUGCAUAUUCACGGUGAUCGAAGAUUCAUCCCCAGACUUAAACCUCUACACAGGAUGAAUGAACGCGCCCAUGCCUUCCGUUGCCCCCUGACAAGGAGCACCGAUAUCUCGAAAACCGUUGUGGCAGUUCGGCCACGAAAUGCAACUGUCAUCGACUUCUCAGAGGUUCGAGGCAGUUUUGCGACAACGCUUCGUCAGUUACUUCCGACUGGCUGCCUUUACGUGCAAGCUCGAGAAUCGAUUUUCGGCGCAUCACUUUUUCCCGAAAAGUCGAUGACUGAAAUGGCACAUGAGCUCAAGGACUUCUGGGCAAGGGUCGUGACCCAGUCUCUCGAGAAGCACCAGCGAAACCCCCCAGAAGCGGCCACCGACGAUCGCAAAGUAAUGACCUUGCCGGCCCUCCUGGAGAUGACAAGUCCGUGCAAACCGCAUGCCAUUUUAGACUGGACAGCCACUGCCGAGGUCGAUCUUCCCGUACAGCCGCUUGCGGUAGCAAAUAUCUUUAGCCCGACAAGAACCUACUUGCUGAUCGGCUUGACACGAGACCUUGGCCAGAGUCUCUCUCGGCUUUUCAUACAACAUGGGGCAAGACACAUUGUCCUGGCGAGCCGCAAUCCGGACCUGCUUCCGAGUUGGGUUACUGAGCUUGAGCUGAAUACUGGCGCAAUAAUUCGUCUGGUGAAGCUCGACCUGGAACAAGUCAUUGAACUCAGAAGGAGAUUACUGGAGGAGUACAGACUACCUCCCGUCGGCGGCCUGAUCAACGGUGCCAUGGUCUUGGACGACCGGAUCUUCGCGCACAUGACGACAGAUACAUGGGAUCGAGUAAUGCGCCCCAAGACGGUAGGAUCAAGCAAUCUCGACCAGGUCUUCGACAGUGGAGUAGACGAGCUUGAAUUCUUCAUAAUGACCUCCUCCUUUGCCGCCAUUGGCGGUCACGCGGGCCAGUCUAAUUACGCUGCAGCAAAUAUGUACAUGAACGGCCUCGCGGCGAACCGUCGAAAACGCGGUCUAACGGGGUCGGUGCUCAAUAUUGGCGUCAUAUACGGACUGGGCUUCCUGCAUCGAGAAAAGAGAGAGCUUUAUGCCGGCUUGGAGCGGGAAGGGUACCCACCCAUAUCGGAGCACGAUGUACACCACAUGGUGCUCGAAGCAGUCGUGGCAGGCCGCCCAAACCCGCACAGUGACCAGCCUUACGAUAUAGUGACUGGGCUGAGUCGCUUUAAGCGAGAUGACCCGAAUCACAAUUCUCCACACGAAGCCUGCCGCCUGAGCGAGCUGGGUGUUGACUCGCUUCUUGCUGUGGAUAUUCGUAACUGGGCUGUUAGGAAAUUGGGUGUUGACCUUGCUGUGAUGAAAAUCCUCGGGCCUUCAACGAAUAUACGCAAAUUAUGCUGUGAGAUGGCCGUAAUGGUGGCUGCUGAACGCGGAAAAGUUCAGCGCGGAAGCGCUUGA